UUUUGCAGCUUGCCUUUGAUAAACCGGUUUGCCAUGACGAUGAGGAUGUCUGCCUCUUCCAAGUUUGAUAUCUUGGCGGUUCUCGUGACGAUGGCCGCCUUCUCCUCGACAGCACUCGCCAGCAGUAACAUUGUAGGCAACCAAUGUGCCUGGAACCCCUCCGGGCCGCUCGGCCUCCUUGAACAAUGCCGCGCGGCAUACAAUCCAACAACGGCAUCCGGCGCCUCCAACUGGGGUCAUUGGACGCAGCGGCCCGUGUGCGUCGGCCCGAAAGCGAACAGGGGCCCGGCCUACUGCGCCUUCGUCAAGGAAGACUUCCGCGGCGAGGCGGGUCUCCUCGUGCUCACCAGCCCGGAGAUCGCAGCCGGCGACAACAGCUUCGUCGAGGACUUUGAUCCGCGGUGGACCGGAGACUCCGGACGACGACCCCGGCCCGCCGCGUCCGACGCGCCGCCUUUCGAGGUCAAGGAGAUCCCGGGCAAGGGCCUGGGCGCCGUGGCCACCGCGGCGAUCCGCGCGGGCGACAUCGUGCUGAGGGAGCACCCGGCGCUCCUGCAGCUGGCCGAGCCGGCCGAGGCGCUCGACCGGACGCAGGCGAUCUGGGUGCUGGAGGAGGGCUUCGUGCGGCUUCCGAGGCGGGACCAGCAGAGGAUCUUCGACCUCUCGCGGAGCACGGGCGGACACGUGCUCGAGGACAUUGUGCGGACCAACACGUUCGGUGCGACGUUCAACGACGUCGCGCACUUUGGGCUGUUCCCGAGAGUCGCGAGAAUCAACCACGCGUGUAAGCCAAACGCCAUCACCCGAUACUCUCCCCGGACGCUGGAGUUGGAAGUCGUGGCCUACAAAGACAUCCAACCGGGUGAGGAAGUGAGCAUCAGCUACUCGAUGCUGAACAUGCUCUCCGACGACCGCAAACGGACGCUCCAGGAAUGGGGCUUCAACUGCACCUGCGCCCUCUGCGGCUCCCCCGCCGCCGACAUCGCCGCCUCGGACGCCCGGCGCGCGCGGCUGCAGCAGAUCCUCGCGCGACUCACAGACGACACGGCGACGGGGCCGUCGUUGUCGGCCGCGGCCAUCGGGGAGCUGACGGCGGAGAUGGACGGCGUCGUGGAGCGAGAGGGCCUCGCGGCGCAGGCGGGCGAGUUCUACGGCAUGGUGGCGCGGGCGUACGCGCGGGCGGGCGAGGCCGGGGCGGGCGCGAGGUACGCGCGGAUGGCGGUGGAGGGGAUGGAGCGGUUUGCGGGGUACGACGACGAGAGGACGGCGGCGGCGAGGGGGCUUUUGGGGGAGUUGGGGAAAGUUGGGGGCGCGUGAGAGCCCUCCCCUCCCUCUCCUGUAUGCCAAAGUCGACGUGGGUGGGCGUGUGUAAGUCUGGGGCCCCGGGAUUGUGUUCCUGAUCCGGGGGGUGGUGAGUGAACGAACCUCUCCCAACCCCUGGUUCUU